AGCGCUGCCGUCAGGAGCGGAAGUGUGAUGGCGGCGGACGGAGAGAGACGCGAUGCGCGUGCAGAAAGUAAACAGGAGCAGCGCAGCAGCCAGAUUUCACAUCAUGGUGGACACCGGGGUGUAUUCAAAGACUGCAUUGGCUCUAUUAUCGAGUCACUCGCUGAGCUUGGCGUAAAGUUAAAAGUGGAUGAGAAAGUGUUGAGCAUAAGUGCCAAUGUCAACAAUGUCUCUGAGCUUCAGCCAUCUGAUGUGUACACCUGUUUACAACAGCACAUCUCCAAAUUACAGUCAGUCUCUGAAAAUCUGAAGCAAAUGGUGGAUUCUGAAAGUCACUCCAAUCCAGGCAACAGUGAUAGGAAAGAAAGAGCAGAUACACCUGAGCAGAUGUUGGUUGACUCGGAGCAUGUUGCUCCUACAUCUGACCACUGCAUUGUCCUUGAGGAUCGUAACAAGACCCAAGUCGAUGAUAAUGUGCAGAUCAAGGCUGCUAAAUCUGAGAUUGAACGCAGGAUAUCUGCAUUUAUAGAGCGCAAACAGCUGGAGAUCAAUGAAAACAAUGUGCGAGAGUUUUGCAACGUGAUCGACUGCAAUCAGGAAGACAGCUGUGCAAGAACUGAUGCAGUCUUCACACCAUAUCCUGGUUUCAAGAGUCACGUCAAAGUGACACGUGUUAUAAAUACAUACGGACCUCAAACCAGAGGGGCACAUUCUGAGUUAGGAGACCAGCAGCAGGGGUCCAUCAGCCGAGACUGUGGAAACCCUGUCAUUGAGGAGAGGCUCCGUAACAUGGAAUCUCACCUGAAACUUCCACCAGUAGGUCCAGUUCCUCAAAGCGUUUAUCAGCGGCUAAAGAAACUUGAAGAUCGAAUUCUGGAGCUCGAGGGUCUUUCGCCAGAGUACUUCCACUCCACAAAUUACUCACACAAACGACCUAAAGCCUCAAUGUCGCAGAACUACAGUCUCGCUGAGCUGGAUGGGAAGAUAAGUGCUGUCAAAGCUGCCUUGAUGAAGAAAACCAGUGAGUUCCAACCCACAGACGCAGGAGACUUUCCAUACUGACACGUGGACUUUUGCUUUAAAUGUUUUCUACCUUCUCUUAAUGAGUUAGAUCUUUACUUUUGGUCAUGUAUAGAUCUGUGAUGGAUGGUCACAGAUUUCA